UUUUUUAAACUCAUGACUUAAUCGCUGAAGAAAGGCUGGAGACCUGCUGGAGUGCGAUUGGUCGCUUGCAUCAGCGUUGAAAGCAUAAGAUCCUCUCCUCCCAGGUUCGGUCUCAUUUCAAAUGUUCCUCCAGGGUGUUGUAUCUUCAUAAGGCUGUCAGCGAGAUCCUGAGUUGAGGGUGUUGUUGUUAUUGUUGUUGUUGAUUGACCCAAAGCCUCGGGAGAUGGUUGUGACCUUCAUGCUGCUAUGUCUCGCUCUCAGCGCAGCUGCACUACCAGUAACUCCAGGCCCGGAGACACAGGGGACGGAACAAACUGCUCAAAGCGCUCCGCCCGUGGAGCAGGCGGGUGAGAAGGCCGGACCUCAGGUUCUGGUCCAGAUCCUCCCUGGUCAACAGGGACAGCAUCCCCUCACUGCGGCCAACCCGCCCCCAGAGCAACAGCACCUGCCCCAGUACCACCUGGCCAACCAGCACCCAGAACCGCAGUACAUGCCCCAGUACUACCUGCCCAUGCAUCAUCCACCCUGGUUCACACACAGUGGGCCUCCCAGGGGGAUGCCCUUCCAGCCAGCCAUGCAGCCGCCCUUCCAGCCUGCCCUCCAGCAGCCUGCCAUGCAGCCGCCCUUCCAGCCUGCCCUCCAGCAGCCUGCCAUGCAGCCUGCCCUUCAGCCCGCCAUGCAGCCUAACCCCCAGCAGCCCGGCCCCCAGCCCGCCAACCAGCCCGCCGUGCAGGCGCCCCUUCAACCACAACUGCAGGGAGUUCCGGUUCCAAUCCAGCCAAUCCAGCAGGCCCCGCCUCCUAUGAUGCUAAAUCCUUAUGGAUAUUUUCCUUUCUACCCAUCCCUGCAAGGGAACCAGCAGUACACACCGUAUGCAUAUCCCAUGAUGUACCCCGCCGCGCCGGCAGCCCCCAAUGUUCAGGUGAACCCCCCCCCAAACCCAGUCCCACAGAGUCCAGUAUCACCAGGGGAGACGGGCCCGCCGCCUCCAGGAGCCGCUGCCCCGGCAACUGAGCAGCAGCAGCAGCAGCAGCAGCAGCAGCAGCAGCAGCAGCAGCCACAGAACCCCCAGAUCGUCUACAUGAUUCAUCGGCCGAUGAACGCACAGCUGGGUGGUCUUAGCUCUGAAGAGCUUGAGAUGGUGGCUAAACUAAGCAACAGUGGGUUCUUCGGGCCCCACUUCCAGCCCAACAUGGGCCCUGAAGCUCGGCCCGCCGCGGCCACCCUGAACCAGGCCGGGGGCCCCCAGGUGGAGGCACCGGAGCCCAAUGAGGCCCCCGCAAGGGUUUAGUGGCCCCCGGAGGAACCUGGUCGACGUCGGACCCACCGCCAGGGACCCCUCCUCCAACGGUCCAGCCAACCCCCCUCCUCCGGGUCAGAACCAGCCCAGCAUGGGGGCUUAAACCUCUGGGUCCGAACCAGCCCAGCGUGGGGGCUUCACCUCUGGGUCAGAGCCAGCCCAGCGUGGGGGCUUCACCUCUGGGGACAGCCGCAGGUGGUCGUGGGCUCAGGAGACAGAUAAAAUCAUCUUCCCUUGAAAAGUGAUGUUAGUAUUUUAUUCUUCUCACCAUUGUUCUAUUUGUAGGCCUAUUUGUUUUAGAAAGCAUUUAACACAUUUAAGAAGAUCAGGUUUAGUCAAUGCUCAUACAUUAUUGACGUCGGGGAUAUUCAUGAAAACCAAGAGCACUUGAUUCAUUUCAAAAUGUAGAAAUCAGCAGACACAAAUGGCCUUUUGGAUUGAACAUCAUUCUAAUAUUUAUUUUUAAAGGUGCAUUCAUGUUUUCUUUUGAAUAUUAAUAAAUAAUUGAAUUUCAUUCGCUGGACACCUUUAUCCAAAGCUUCUUACUAGGCUGUGAGUGAACACACACACGCCUCCAUGCCUACUGCCUCUGUAUCUCAGCCCAGGUACGUGCACAGGGUGGGGCUGAAGGGGUGCAGGCUACGGCCCCUCUGCCUGCACAAGAAAAAAAUACCAAUUUUUUUGCCACUUUUUCUUUUUAUAAUAAAAGCCUUAUUGUAUGCUGUUGAUUAUAUCAAUAUCAUAAUGAAUAUCAUUAUCAGAUCCAACUAGGGGGUGUAGUUUCGACAGGUUCCGUUUCGUUAAGGAGAUAUUCUACCGAAGAAAGUCAUUUACCCAAACGGAUGAAUCCUUCAGAAGUGGAUUUUAACAAGUGCAUUUCUCUUUAUGUUGUUCUUUUCCUUUGCUUGAACCGCUGCCCCUCAUGACUGCAUGGCCCUGCUCCUGCCUCUGGGGAAAUCAAUCCCCCACCCUGCCAUAUUCGCUGUCAUGCUCUACCAGCUUGGAUAUGGGAGAAGUGGGUUGGGGGGUAUUUCCGGAUGUUUUCCUCAUAUAUCUGAGGGAUAAGUGUCAAAACACUGGGUGGCAAACACUGUUUAGCUCGCAGACUGAUAUUUCAUGUUUGUUUUUGAGGCUUGAGGCCUGCUAAUCCCUUUUAAGCCGGCAGCUAGGAAUAACUAGAAGUAAAUAGACGAUGCUCCACCAUGAGGUGAACAACAUCACCUAAAGCAUUGAUCGCAUCCAUGAUAUUGAGAAAUAAAAGGCGAAAAAUCUGACCACACUAUUUGCUGUACAUCAUAGUACGGAAAGCUAUAUUCUGUGUUGCUCUAAUCUAACAAUGUGGGACUUAAUAUUCACAUUGAAAAUAAAUGUAACAUCAAGGUACAGCUCAUCCUAAAAUAAUAACUUUGCCUUUCUGCACUCCCAGUUGAAAUAACAGCGCAAUUUGAUCACUGGCUCAAUGGUGAUUAAGGUAAUCACCAUUCAAUUGUGUCUCAUCUGUGACAAGAGACCUUCAAAUUAACACUUUAGUAAUAGUAACAAAUAGCAAAGGCAACAAGGAUCACUAGCUGACAAAUCCGCAUGCAUUAACAAUGAUUUCUACUUUGCUAAUCUAUUCCAUGCCUGACAGUAAAGACAAUUAUUUUCUUGUAUUAUUAAAAUGUUAAUCUGUGACGCUUUUAUCCAAA